AUGACCGUUGGCGAGAAAGUCUUUAAGUCCUUCAUCUACGUUGACGACACGCCGUUGCCUAGGAAGGCCCCCGAACUGGCCACUAACGUGCUAGAUCUGUUCUCACUCAAGGGAAAAGUGGCAGUCGUGACUGGGUCUGCCCGCGGACUCGGACGUGCUAUAGUAGAGGCAUAUGCGCAAGCAGGUGCUGAUGUGGCUGUCUGGGACUACAAAGACGCUCCGCAGGUUGCAGAGGAACUGCACAAGAAGUACGGUGUACAGUCACGUUCUUACGGCUGUGAUGUCUCCAGCUCGGAGGCUGUAGAGGCCACUAUCGCACAGAUCGAGCAAGACUUUGGAACAAUUGACGUGUUCGUGGCGAACGCCGGCGUGGCUUGGGAGACCGGAUCAAUCUUAGAGGAGCAAAACCAAGACGAUAAAAAUUGGCAUCGCGUCAUGAAUGUUGACCUGAAUGGAGUCUACUAUUGUGCUAAAGCUGUUGGUCGGAUUUUCAAGAGCCACUCGUCUGGUUCGUUGGUUAUCACUGGCUCCAUGUCAGGAUCGAUUGUGAAUGUUCCAAACUUCCAGGCACCUUAUAAUGCAGCGAAAGCCGCCUGUAUCCAUUUGGGAAAGUCAUUGGCCGUGGAAUUUGCACCUUUCAAUGCUAGAGUCAACACAGUUUCUCCGGGGUAUCUAGAUACAGGUCUCUCGGACUUUCUUCCGGAUGAAAUUAGAGCGAGAUGGUGGGCAAUCUCGCCGAUGGGCAGAGAAGGACUACCUCAGGAGGUGGUUGGAGCCUAUCUUUAUCUUGCCAGCAAUGCCUCGACUUACACUACUGGCUCCAACAUGGCUGUUGAUGGUGGUUUUACGGCUCCAUAG